AUGACCAUCUUUUUGAGGAGUGAAGUGGUGUUGGCAGAAAACAUCACUACAGUCACUGAGUUCUUGUUGCUGGGUUUUUCAAGCCUUGGUGAGAUUCAGCUUGCUCUCUUUGUGGUUUUUCUCUUCCUGUAUUUAGUCAUCCUUAGCGGCAAUUCCAUUAUUAUCAGUGUCAUACAUCUAGAUCAAAGGCUGCACACACCAAUGUACUUUUUCCUUGGCAUUCUCUCAACAUCCGAGACAUUCUAUACCUUCGUCAUCCUACCCAAGAUGCUCAUCAACCUACUUUCAGUGGCCAGAACAAUCUCCUUUACCUGUUGUGCUACUCAGAUGUUCUUCUUCCUUGGAUUUGCUAUUACCAACUGUCUGCUCCUAGGUGUGAUGGGCUAUGACCGCUAUGCUGCCAUCUGUCACCCUCUGCAUUACCCCAUUCUUAUGAGUGGGCGGGUAUGCGGGAAACUGGCAACUUCCUGUGUGAUUGGAGGCUUCUUGGCUUCACUGAUAGUUGUAAAUUUAGUUUUCAGUCUCCCUUUCUGUAGUGCUAACAGUGUCAACCACUACUUUUGUGACAUCUCACCAGUCAUUCGUCUGGCAUGUGUGAAUACAGAUGCUCAUGAGUUUGUCAUAUUCAUCUGUGGGGUUCUUGUACUUGUGGUUCCCUUUUUCUUUAUCUGUGUGUCUUAUCUCUGCAUUCUGAGGACGAUCCUGAAGACAUCAGCAGAGGGCAAACGGAAAGCCUUUUCCACCUGUGCUUCUCACCUCACUGUUGUUGUUCAUUAUGGCUGUGCUUCCUUCAUCUACCUGAGGCCUACAGCAAGCUAUGUGUCCAACAAAGACAGGCUCGUGACAGUGACAUAUACUAUUGUUACUCCCUUACUAAAUCCCAUGGUGUAUAGCCUCAGAAACAGGGAUGUCCAACUUGCUAUCAAAAAAGUCUUGGGCAAGAAAGGAUCUCUAAAAUCAUAG